AGGGGGUGGGCCGGCUAGUUCCCCACCCCCACCCCCCAGCCCCUGGGAGAACAAGCCGGGUGGAGGGUGGCCUGUGCCAAGAGAUGGGGGGCGGUGGCGGCCACGGAAGAGGCUCCAGGAGGUGACCGCCUGGUUUCCAUUAGGGAGCCCUGGUCGGCAUUUCAGGCGAGACGGCAGAGCUGGGGCUGGCUAUGCGGCUGAGCCUGCUGCUGCUGCUCCUGCUGCUGCCCGGCCCCCCACCCGCCCCAGGCAUGGAGGACGCCGCCUUCCCCCACCUGGGGGAGAGCUCGCAGCCCCCGCCCCGGGCCUGCCCCCUGCGCUGCUCCUGCCCCCGGGCAGACACAGUGGACUGCAAUGGCCUGGACCUUCAGGUGUUCCCGGACAACAUCACCCAGGCAGCUCAGCACCUCUCCCUGCAGAACAACCAGCUCCAGGAGCUCCCCUACAAUGAGCUGUCACGCCUCAGCAGCCUCCGGACCCUCAACCUCCACAACAAUCUCAUCUCUUCUGAGGGCCUGCCCGAUGAGGCCUUUGAGUCCCUCACGCAGCUGCAGCACAUUUACGUGGCCCACAACAAGCUCUCGGUGGCCCCCCAGUUUCUGCCCCGCUCCCUCCGAGUUGCGGAUCUGGCUGCCAACCAAGUGACGGAGAUCUUCCCGCUUACCUUUGGGGAGAAGCCCGCGCUCAGGUCCGUGUACCUCCACAACAACCAGCUGAGCAACGCCGGCCUGCCCCCUGACGCCUUCCACGGCUCUGAAGCCGUGGUCAUCCUCAGCCUCUCCAGCAACCGGCUCAGCUACUUGCCGCCCAGUCUGCCACCCUCGCUGGAGCGGCUCCACCUGCAGAACAACCUCAUCUCCAAGGUGCCCCGAGGGGCACUGAGCCGCCAGACACACCUGCGGGAGCUCUACCUCCAGCACAACCAGCUGACGGACAGCGGCCUGGAUGCCACCACCUUCAGCAAGCUGCACCACCUCGAGUACCUGGACCUGUCCCACAACCGGCUAGCUUCGGUGCCCGCGGGCCUGCCCCGCACCCUGGCCGUGCUGCACCUGGGCCGCAACCGCAUCCGCGGGGUGGAGGCGGCCCGGCUGCGCGGGGCGCGGGGCCUGCGCUACCUCCUGCUGCAGCACAACCAGCUGGGGGCGACGGGGCUGCCCGCAGGGGCGCUGCGGCCGCUGCGGGGCCUGCACACGCUGCAUCUCUAUGGCAACGGGCUGGACCGCGUGCCCCUGGCGCUGCCGCGCCGCCUGCGGGCCCUGGUGCUGCCCCACAACCACGUGACCACGCUGGGCGCCCGGGACCUGGCUGGCACACCGGGCCUGGCCGAACUCAACCUGGCCUACAACCGCCUGGUCAGCGCCCGCGUGCACCGCCGGGCCUUCCGCCCGCUGCGUGCCCUGCGCAGCCUUGACCUGGCCGGCAACCUGCUGACCCGGCUGCCCGGCGGCCUGCCCGGCGGCCUGCACACCCUGCGGCUGCAGCGCAACCAGCUGCGGGCCCUCGAGCCGGAGCCGCUGGCCGGCCUGGACCAACUGCGGGAGCUCAGCCUGGCGCACAACCGGCUCCGGGUCGGAGACAUCGGGCCCGGCACCUGGCACGAACUCCAGGCCCUCCAGGUCAGGCGCCGGCCGGUGCUGGACCUCAGCCACAACGAGCUGUCCUUUGUGCCCCCUGACCUGCCCGAGGCCCUGGAGGAGCUGCACCUGCAGGGCAACCGCAUCAGCCACGUGGGUCCUGAAGCCUUCCUCAGCACUCCCCGCCUGCGCGCCCUCUUUCUCAGGGCAAACAGGCUUCACAUGACCAGCAUUGCACCGGACGCCUUCCUGGGCCUCCUGCACCUGAGUGUGGUGGAUACGGCGGGCAACCCCGAGCAGGUCCUGGUCCGGCUGCCACCCACAACUCCACGUCAGCCACGGGCAGGGAGCCCCCGAGCCCGGAGGGGUCCAGCAGUGUAGCCCAGACCCCUGGGGCUCCACUGGGUCACGGACCGAGGAGACGGCGCCCACCCGGGGCCUCAGCCAGGCUCUCCCAGGCCUCAAGGGCCCGGCCAGGAAGCUGGGGACAGGGGCGCUGCGUCCACACACAGGGAGCCCCGGGAGAGACUCAAGCAUGCAGCUCGCACGCCAGGCACGCAGACCACACCAGCCCCGCCGGACGCGGUCCCCACUCCCCGCACAAGUGGAGGCGGCAACAAUAAAGCCUAAUAACCCUG